AUGGCAAAGUGUCCUUCUUGUACUGGUCCGGCGGGUAUAGGUCAAGAUAGCUGUGGAUUACUUAUUGCAGCGUAUGUUCUCGCUGGCCUGGCUAUGAUGCUUAAUAUUAGGCUCUCAUAUAGUUCUGCUCCAUAUGCACUUAUUAGAUUCAGGUUACCUGAGAAUCUAUUCAGUGUAUUUGUCAGAAGAAUGGCUAGUGCAUUAGAACUAUGGUGCCUACCAAGUAUGCUCCUUGGUAACAUAAUGGACCUAUUUCAGAAAGGUUGCUACAACAACGUGGUUCUCCCGAUAGCAGUCCAGGUACUCAAAUCUAAGGCUAGCGGUCUAUCAGGUCUGGCCGGUACGCUAUCUACUAAAGCCGGUGUGCUUCACGGUGUACUUGGUAGUGCUGAAGUUGAUGCUAAAGCUAAAGCCACAGCACUUCAACAAGCAGCCAGCAAACCUAAUGAUCCUAAGGGUCUUGAACAGUUACUCGAUGAACUUAGUGGUAUUAAUGGUGAUGCCCAGAAGGUUCUCGCCAAAUACAAAGAGGUAGUUGAUGCAUACAACGACGUGGCAUCAGAUGCAGAAGCAAAAAAGAAAGAUUCUCAACUUCAAGCUGUUACAUCUGCAUUCAAUGCACUCCAUAUGAUUAAAACUCUUGACAAGUUCCAUCUCAUUACAGUUCCUUCCAUCAUCUGCCAAUGGUUAAACUUCCUCACUUACGUACUAUUAUUAGUUGUAUAUUUGAUGGGUGGUGAUCAAGGUCACCUCACCGUAUUCUACUUCGUUAUCGCAAUAUCUGGUGUUGUUUUUGGUAUCAAUAUGACUCUAGUUUAUUCUGCUGAUUGGAAUUAUACACCUGUCUAUAUAGUUGGUGAGAACUGUUUUCCAAUCAUCACGUCAUUCAUACACUAUCUUGCAACACUCUUGUUUGGUAAUAGAAGGAAAUGGAAUAGUGACUUCCUAAUAGUAAACAUUGACAUUUGGGUUGCAAUAAUAAUAUCUUUUGUAGCAGCUGUGGUAUGGACCAUAGCCUAUGGACACUGUGAUAGUGGCAAUACUGAUGGUACUACUGUUGAAUAUGGUCACAUAUUUGCUGAAGGUUUUGAUACCGAUAGUAAAGUUUGGUGCGAAAUAAUCUCUCCUACUCUCAUGGUAAUUGUAGGUAUGGGUCUUGUUUAUUCUAUUUAUCCUGGUAUCGCACCUGGUAUGAUUGUACCAUUUUAUCUCGUUGAUAAGAUUGAAAUGGUACUUCUGAUAGCCACAUUCUUUCCACCAGUCAUUGUAGCACUACUUCAAAGGUUCCCAUCUACUAAAAAGUAUUCACCUAAAGCCACAUACGUAUACCCUGAUGGCAUGGGUGGAUGGCGACCCUACCAAUCUGAUGGUACCGUUCAUAAUUGGUUCUGGCACCUGUUUGAUAUCCUGAUCGUUAUCAAAAUUUUACUUGCUGCUAUCUUUAUAUACUCACUUCAUUAUAGAGAUUCUGCGAUUUCCAGAUCUAUCAUUAAUCAACCGAAAAUGUCUACUGCACUAUCAAUUAUAUUUUAUAUGUGCCAUGAAAUUCUUCUGGCAUUAGGAUUUGCAGGUGUCAUUGGUAAUAAUGGAGGCACAUACGUUCUGCUUCCAGCUCAAUACGUGGGCGCCCUAUUUAUGAUCUUCCUCGCAUUUUACAGCGAGGGAUACAUUAUAGAAUAUAAAAGUCAUGAUCCUGGUCACUGGCCUACAGAAGGAAUGACAAAAUGGAACGAAAUUUGUUAUUGGUAUUAUUUCAAGAUUAUCUCAUUGGGUGGAUGGUACUCCCCUCAUGGUUUUUAUUAUGAUAAAGUUUAA